CCAAUGCUUAAUUAGGCUGAAGAUGGCUCGCACCGCUCGAAUGCAGGCUUGGCAGCUGGUUCUCCUACUCUUGGCGGUGGCGUUCUCUUGCUUCCACUGCCGCCUCGCCGCUCACCAUGGAGGGCAGCAUGUCCAGCCACCGUCAUCCGUCGUCGUCGUCGGCUCCGUCCACUCCGGCUCCGACACCACCACGGCUGCGGUAUCAGGUGCCCCGGUCGCCGUCCGGUGCCACGACGGCAACGGCAGGGACGUCUUCCGGCAGCAAGCCCUCACCGACGGCCGCGGCGUUUUCCGUGUCCGCCUGCCGCCGGAGGCCAAGAGCCGGCUGGGCUCCGUGACGUCGUGCUCGGUGCAGCUGCUCAUGCGACCCACCGGCACUAAUGCGGCGCCCUGCGACGACGCCGCCACGUCUGCCUCUACAGCGAAAGGAUUCCGCCUCACGGCCGCGAAGCACAAUGGCGGUGGUGGCACCCGAGUCUUCUCGGCCGGUGCGUUCGCCGUCCACCCGGAGCUCUGCCACGAGAAGGGGAUCUUCUUCCCGCCGAUUCCGCUCGUCCCGGAGCCACCGAACAUAGGCGGCGUGCCCAUCCCGCCGAACCCGAUCACGCCGGCGCCGCCGUCUCUCGUCCCGCCGGUGUUCCCCACCCCGUCUCCGCCGUCAAUCCUGCCACCGCUCACUCCACAGCCGCCGCCAUCGUCGUUAAUACCUCCGAUACUGCCGCUGCCAUUGCUUCACCCACCACCACCUCCGCCACCGCCGCCGUCUCUUCUCCCGCCAGUACCCCUCCUCCCGCCAUUGGUCCCGGGCGUGCCACCAGCUUCAGGUUCCAAGACUGGCACUACCCCAUGAGCACUUAGAAGUGUCAUAAUUUUAUAACACGCUGAUUAAUUAUUCUAGCUCAUGUGCUAAUUAAGAUGUAAACGGCGUUUGACAAGCAUGUGCAAUCAGUAAUCCUAUGAUAAAAGUAUACUUACUUUUGGUGUGUUUAUGGAUGUUAGGCAAGAAGAAUAUAUGUCAAACAUGUUGACGCGUUAUUUUCUGCUGUAAAAUUCUGGAAAAUGGCGUUGUACUGUAUGUAGCAAUUG